AGUUAAACUGAAAGAAGAAAAUAGGAGCUAUGUUGGAGUGUUGGACCGACCCAAGAAGCUGCCCAAAGAGUGAGUAUCCGGCUCGUACUCUCUUGUAUUUAUUUCUCAGGCCCAUGCUAUAAUCCAAGGAUCCAAGUAAAAACAGGCCCAUAUGUGAUGGUACAAUUUGUUCCAUGUAUAAUCGUUCGCAAACAACAAUUCGGCCCAGCCAUAUCGAUAUCUUCCGACGACGGUACAAAUUCCUCUAUGACAAUCCACGGUACAAGUUCGACUUUUUUGUUACAGCACUUAGUUAACUCCUGGAAAUGUGCAGCGGCGGGGAGCACAAGGUCAUCCACGCACGCACACCCGCCAUGUCCCGUGCCGUCAAACUCUUCGUCAACCUCAAUCUUACGAGACACGAUUCUCUCGUCCUCAGUCCUCAUCCUCAAAUGUGCCAGCCACGCUGACGCUGGGUUGCUCACUCGCAGACUCGCUGUCACAGCCUGAGUAAAGUGAUAACCGCCGGCCGUGCCAGCGCCACCGCGCCGCAUCGUGCGAAUGGACCCAGACUCCGAGGUCACGUUCGAGUUCGUGCCGGUGAUCCGGCAGUACAAGAGCGGCCGCGUCGAGCGCCUCCUCCCAACCAACCCCGUCCCGCCCUCCGUCGACGCCGCCACCGGCGUCACCUCCAAGGACGCCACCGUCGACCCGGCCACCGGCCUCUGGGCGCGCCUCUACCUCCCCGCCGCAGGCGCAGACGACAAGCUCGCCAUCGUGGUCUACCUCCACGGCGGCGGCCUGGUGGCCGGGUCCGCCGCGGACGCGCCGGAGCACGCGUUCCUCAACCGCCUGUGCGCCCGCGCGCGCGUCCUCGCCGUGUCCGUCGAGUACCGCCUCGCGCCCGAGCACCCCGUCCCCGCGUGCUACGACGACGCGUGGGCCGCGCUCCGGUGGGCCGCCUCCGCCGCGGACCCAUGGAUCCGGGACCACGGCGACCGGGACCGGGUCUUCGUCGUCGGGUACAGCGCCGGCGGCAACAUCGCCCACAACGUCGCGCUCCGCGCCGCAGGCUCCGACCGGCCGGUCCGCAUCGGUGGGCUUGGGCUCGUCCACCCAUACUUCCUCUCGGGCGAGAAGGGCCUGGCCGAGGGCGAGAUGAAGCACGCGUGGCUGAGGGCCAAGCUGGAGGAGAUGUGGGCCUUCGCGUGCGCGGGCCGCACCACCGGGCUGGAUGACCCGCGGGUCAACCCGGUGGCCGACGGCGCGGAGAGCUUGACGCGGCUCCGGCUCGCCUGCGGCCGCGUCCUGGUCUGCCUCGCGGAGGACGAGCUGUGGUUCAGAGGCAAGGCGUACUACGACGGGUUGCUGGGGAGCGGAUGGGCGGAGGAGGACGCCGAGCUGCUGGACUCCGUCGGGGAGGAUCACCAGUUCUUCCUCCAGGAGCCUGAGAGUGCCAUGGCGCUUGCUCUCAUGGACCGGUUGGUCGCGCUCUUCAGCCGGAACCAAUAGAACGGCGGACGCGCACUGCGACCGCUGUUGCUCUGAAUUGUUGUGUACUGUUGUCUGGCGUGACCUUGCCACGUUGCAGAUGCAUCCGUUAAUUAAAUCGCUCCUUAAAUCAAAGGAUGGGGCUCGUGAGCAAAAUUAUACCGGCGAUUAGUCCAUGUUGCUGUUUAUUUCGUCUGAAGUCGAUCGGCUGGUUCAUUUGUACUGAUGCGCGUAUUUCAAUCAGAUGAGGUAUUCUUGUUUGACUUGUA